GAAAGUAUACAUUAGAAUACAAUUUUUAAUAUACGGUGGUCUCAUUAUAUUAUCAGUUAAAUGUAAAUGUACGUAUUCAUAUGUACUUUUUACUGCUUAUAUUUAGUGCACUACUCUCUCGUGCGCACGCUUUUAGACUUGUUUUUAGCACGCUGAAUCUCUCUCACGCUCGCACUCCUUAACUCAUUUUUUGUGCGCUGAAAAUCACUUUUGCUACACUUGCACAAACAGCAGCAGCGUUAUAAGGCUGCAACUAUUCCAGCCAACCAGAGACUAGAAUCUUAGAAGCCAUUUAGAAAUUGGAGACGGGCAGAUUCAGACUGUCUGUUUCCUGAUUGGCUCCCUAGUCCUCCGCUUCUAGUUUGAAUUAACGGCUGGAAGCUGCAUCGUUGCGUGCGUUCGUUGGUAUCGUUAUUAUUUUAUUUUCAUCGACAUAAGGUAACUUUCUUGGACAGCAGUGAUCUAGGACUGAGGAACACCUAGAGCCCAGCUGGUGUCUGAUAUUUUCAGUUGAACAUGUUGUGCUGCAUGGUCAUCUUCUCUGUGCUUCUCAUGACUACAGUAAAUGUCAGAGCACAAUGUGAGAGACCUGAUGUUGGGGAAAACCGAAUUUUAAUUAGUGAAUCAAGUGAGAAAGCUUUUCUUGAUGGCUCCUCUGUAAACUUCAAAUGUGCCACUGGUUAUGUGCCUGCGAGACCAUCAGCUUCCCGGACAAUCACCUGCACUAGAACCCAGUGGAGCGACCUUGAACUUCAGUGCAAGAAAAAAUUCUGUGGAUAUCCUAGCAAGAUCGUCAAUGGAAAGUAUCAGACUCCAGAAGGACUUUUGUUUGGUGCCACCAUUACAGCAGUGUGUAAUGAAGGUUAUCACCUUCUUGGACAAAGAAAUAGAAAUUGCAGAGAAGACGGUUGGGAAGGUAGAUAUCCUGUAUGUGAAGUGGUGAAGUGUGAAGCACCUCCCCAUAUAAAUAAUGGAACAUUUGAACCAGAGGAUGAAUUGUAUGCGUAUGGACAAGAAGUCACAUACUCUUGUGAAGGAGGUCGUGAUCUUAUUGGACCUUCAAUAAUAACAUGCUCCAGUAAUGGAACUUUUCAGCCUCCUCCUCCUCAGUAUCUGUUUGUGUCCUGUGACAGUCCACACAUUUCUAAUGCGGUAAGAAUUGAAGGAAAAUCACCGCCUUAUAAAUAUAAGGAGUUUGUCCGGUACCAGUGUAAUAAAGGCUACAGAAUGGAAGGGUCUAACAAUCUGACCUGUACAGAAAAUGGGUGGGAUUCACCUCCUCCUCAGUGCACUGUUAUAACAUGCCCCAAACCUCCUGCCAUAAACAAUGGACAGUUUGCCCCCCUGAAGGAGUUCUAUAAAUAUGGACAAACAGUCACAUACUCUUGUAAUCAAGGUUUUAGAGUUACUCAACCUUCAACAACAUCAUGUACAGAUGAUGGAACAUUUGAAACUUUUCCUCAUUGUCUUGGGUCUCAGGGACCUGAAGCCUAUCCCAGGAGACUUAGGGGCACGAGGCAAAGUGCACCCUGGACAGGAUGCCAAUCCAUCGCAGGGCACACACACAUACACACACCAUGGGGAAUUCGGUAACGCCAAUUAGCCCAACCUACAUAUCUUUGGACUGUGGGAGGAAACCGGAGUCCCCGGAGGAAGCCCCCCAAGCAUGGGGAGAACAUGCAAACUCCAUUCACACAAAGACAGGAAUCGAGCAUGGCCGGGAAUUGAACCCGGACCCUGGAGGUGCAAGGCCCCCGUGCUAACCACUACAGCUGAUAAAAUGAAAUAAUAUUUUUUGUUAAAGUCGCCUGUUUUUUUGUGUGGCUUUUUAAUUUAUCCAGAGAUUACCUGUGGGUCAC